UGGCAAUUGCUACCACAGCAAAUAUAAAGUAACAAACCAAAUUCGUCCCUCGUACUGCUAUGUUUGUUGUCACAAUAGUAACUAAUCAAAUUUGUUACAGGUACUUCUCUUUCGUUAUUUUAACAAAAGUAUUUCUCUCAGUGAGCUGCAUUAACGCCUCUACAAAUGAAGAUACUGAUGACAUGUAUACAAAAGCUCUUUUUGGAAAUAAUGCAGAAAAAAAACGAAAGAGGAAAAAGCCAAGAUAUCUUAGCGACACAUCAGACGAAGAUGAAGUAAUCAAAGAUAACUCUGAUACAGAUAAUUGUACUACAUGCUCAUUUAUACUGCCGCCAUCUCAUUAUCAGCAACAAAAUUUGGAUAAAUCUAUACCUCCGGUGAAUGCAAAUGCAACACAUGUAGCCAUACAAGAAUCAAUCGACAUAAUGGAAAAUAACAAUAUGUUAGAAGAAUGUAACGAAAUUAAUGAAACAGAGAAAAAGUCCUCUUCCCGGAAAUUGUUCUAUUCUGAUUCAACAUGUGAACAUGAACAAGAAAAUACUGGAACAGCCACUAUUAUUACUUUGCAAAAACAAAUAUCAACACAUUCAGGGAAGAAAACAUUUGUUGUAAAAGUCCAUAACGUUGAUAGGACAAUAGACAAUUUGCCUGGACCUUCAAAAUGCUGCAGAACUGGAAAUAUGACUUUUGCAAAUGCUGAUUUGGAGAUAAAUUCAAAUCCUGUUCCUGCGAGACAUGCAAAAGAUUACUUGGAAAAAGAUGACCAAGUGCAAGAAAGCAAUCAUACACGUCGUACAAAUGCAGAUGUGGAAAUAAAUGUGAUUUCUGCCAGAAAUACGAAAAAUCGUCCGGCAAAUAAUGAUCAAGAACGCAAUCAUACACUUUCAGAACCAAUGACGGAAGAGCGGUUUCUAACAUACUUUAAGUGCCUCAAGAAUAAGUUGAACCAUGUUAUUAAUUUGUUGCAAGAUCGUGGCAUUGAAGUAGAAAAUAAAGGAGAAAAUUUUUUACCAAACUUUCCUUUAAAAACUGUCCCAGAUUUUGAACAAUUUGAAAUGAAUCUUGUUGAGUCCUCCGAAAUACAAAAACAAUAUAUUCGCGAGAUAAAAAUGAUCGGAGGAUCUGAUCCAGGCAAAUUUACUAGAGCCAUAUUCCUUUUUUUAAUGUCAGAUGAGCUGGCUGUGCAGUAUUCCUGGUCUGGUCAGAAGAAAACUCUUCAAUUAAAAAAUACCCUAAUUUCUCAACUCAUUGUCGAAACCGUUUCGAAAGUGAAAAAUGCUUGUAGAAGCGACAUAGAAACAUUUAUAAAGAAGUGGCUGCAGCACGCUAGCGAUUGAAUAAAAAAUAGGAAAUAAAUUUCCAUAAUUUCAUAAAGCAUAUGCUUGAUCUGAGCCAGAAAUAGAGUGACGACUUGUUGAUCUUUUAUUUUACUUUAUUGGCAGAAAGUAUACAAGGAUAAUUCAGAUAUUCAUUAAAAUUGCCAUAUAUAAGCAUGAAUAGUUUCGUUAGAUCGCGACUUUUUAAGAAACUUUCAAUUUUCCUAUGCACAUCUUGACAUACCGAAACCUGUUCUUCACUAAAUACCAUGUUGCGAGUACUUUUUCUUGAUAGAUGCAUUACGAGGAAUGACAAACAAGCCGGGGCCAUCAAACUAGUUUAACAAUGUUUAAAAAUAUUUUACUAAUUAGAUGUGUUUUAUUACAUUUUCUUACAUUUUAUUACAUUUUCAUCUGACAACGUACCUAAGUGCACCAUAAGCAUUUAGCGUACACCUUGCAGAUCAGAAGGAAAACAAGGCGUCUGGCUCGUUGAAAUUCUAUUUCAUCUAUUAGCAUAUUUGAUUUACUGAUUUGACCCGACUAUGCAUUUCUUGCAUAGUUUAUCUUCUCUUUUGCAGCUAAAAAAAACAGAUCGUUGACUCAGGAUCGGGUCGAGUCAGCAAAUCGAAUAUGCUAUCUGAUUAUCAUUUGCAAAAUCUCCACGCAUAUGUCUAACGGCAUAUGUACGAGUGAUUCAAGUAAUAGUUUUCGCAUUUCAAGUACCAUAUUAUCUAUAUAUUUUAU